AAUAAUUUAAUGUCUACUCGGCUUCUUUAGCAUGACAGACAACAGACAAACCUGACCUGCUCUAAUCUUUACACAAUGAAAUGUUUGCAACACCGAGGUCUACCCAGCUGAGAUUAGACGUGAUACGCACCUCCAAAGCCACAGUUACCGCCUGUAUCACAAGGUCAAUACAUGUACUCACAAAAGGCCUGCCACACACAACCAGGAUAAUACGAAGGCACGGCCAGACGGAAAGAUAGACAAACACUCCAACAGUAAGUAUAUUCACCUCUAACACGAGAUAAGAGAUAAGACAAGUCACCUCGGACAACAACACGCGGUCUGGAGUGUUGUGGUGACUCAGUUAUAUUGUGCAGCGUGCCCUUGAAAUCUGCCUACAAGGUUACUGUCAACAUCCCCACUAUUGCCUCUGUUACUCAUCCAUUUCAGUAAUACUAAUAUAUCUUAUCCUACUAUAACUACCUAUAUUUUCCCAUUAUCCCAACCUAAACAUCAUCCAGGCUAAACUAAACAUCACAGUAUAGCAGGGUACUCAAACAACAACACACCAAGCACACAUCCAACACCUCUACCACCACCAAUCCACCUUACCAUCACCACAAAUGUACUUUUUAACACACUGUCUCUAACAACCAUACUUCCCCCUCAUCAUAUUCACCAAUAAUACACCAUCCUCCUAUAACCAAUCAACCUUCCUUCCUUCCUCCCUUCCUACUCUCUCCAUCUCCCCAGCAACCCCAGUGUCACCGAUACACAACACUCCCAGUCCUACCUCCACAACAAUGGGCUUGAACCCCUCCCCUCACCGCUACAACCCUCCCCCCCUCCACCUGUAUCAUUGCCAAGCCCCUGCCUCGCCUCUCACGUGUCUCAGUCAACUGUGCUCCGUAUCUGUGUGGGCGGUGAUGUGCAGUCAGGUGAAUACAGUCGAGAGUGCACGUACACGAAGCUGUCCCCUAAGGGCAACACAGCCGCCACCUCCCUGAAUUCUUCACAGGUGUAAGGGAGGCGGUGAUGAAGAGAGUAAAGACGAGAGAGGAAAGAGCUUAUGAUACUGACAAGGAAAUAUGAGAGCGUAAACAGAAAAGAAACAACUCUUAACACAGGAGAAUUACCAAGUUGGUAAAAUAAAAGAAAAUGGCGCAACACCAGACUCUUUAAAUCUUGACCACAGACAAUGCCAUCACUAACCUUGAAAACGUAAACACCUGCAACACCUGGACGACUUGCACCUCUGAUCUCUGACUGACACAGCGGCACUGGGCACGAUCUCUGUCUUCCGGGUAAGGGCAAGGUCGACUUAGGUUGACCACACACACAGGCGCGAGUUUUGAGAAAGGAUUCUUGGCGUGGCUGGGCUUAAGUCGGACAGUUGUACAGUUUCCUCAUCGUCAAGAAACAUGUCACCAGACUGCGAGUCAACGCCGCUCCUCGCUGCCUCACCCUCGGAGCCUCCAGCACCCAAGAGGUCCACCCUGAGUCACGUGCUGUCACGCGUGACGGUAGAACCCGCGCUUCUGCUGCAUGCGUUUGCAAAAGCCGUGGACCAGGGGCUGCUGGAGAACUUGACGGUAGACAAGCUGUGCUCCGUUCACUUUAGCUUCGACGCCGAGACCUGCCGUAACUUGGACGCGGGCAACCACACGGCAGAGCAGGAUCAGGUGCAGCGACUAGCCUCUGCCUACAACACGUACAUCCAUUGGGCAGAGUACCUGCCCGCCCUCGUGACCUCUUUCUUACUGGGCUGCUUGGGGGAUGCCCGAGGCCGCCGCCUGCCGGUCAUCAUUACCUUCGUCGGGAGUCUACUCACUGGCCUGUGCUUCCUGGCCAACGUGUAUUGGUGGUGGCUACCCACGCCGCUGCUCUACCUCUCCAUGGUGCCGGUGGGGGUUGCCGGGGGCUACAUCGGCGUCUUCACCACCACCAACGCCUACCUCAGCGCCAUGACAAAGGUCAGGUCUCGCACCAUCUCGCUGUCUAUAGUGGAGUGGGUCAAGUACUCAGCCUACCCGCUCGGCAUGUUCCUGGCCUCUGUGCUAUACGCACGCGGGGGUUAUGUGCUAGUAUACUGCUUCUUCGUGUUGGCGAUACUGAUUGCGAUUUUGUACUUGCUCUUCUGUGUCGGAGAGCCGCCCACAACAAGCAGCGAGGAUACAGCGCAAAGACCCUUCGUUGGUGUAGGCGUGAAAGGAGGCGUGAAGGUUCGGCUGCAGAAGACACUUUCGGUCCCUGGGAUGCUUCGCCGCAGUGGCCGCCCCGGCGUGUUGGUGGCGGCACACACUGCGGUGGUGGUGCUGUGGAGCGUCACCAGAGGCACCAAAACGCAGUUCUUCCUGUACGACCGGAAGGUGUUCGGGUGGGAGUACCAGCAGUUCAACGCCUGGCUCAUCUACGACUACGUCAUGAAGGCCACGGGGAUCCUUCUUGUGAUGCCGACCUUCAGCUACUACAGGCGGGUGCAGGACACGAUGCUGGGUUUCGUCGGAGGCGUCAGCAUGCUCUUCUUCUACACCAUCCUGGGCACAGCGCCGGUAGCCUGGGUCCUGUACUUGGCCUCCGCGUUCUCCUUGUGCAGCACGAUCCCAGUGAUAGCAUCGCGGGCCACCAUCUCGAAGAACGUGGCACCUACAGACUUAGGCGCCGUGUUUGCCCUUCUCGCCGUGCUGGAGUGUGGCGUGGAGCUGGUGGCGCCGCCCCUCUACACUCUGAUCUACACACAAACACUCGACAUCUUCCCAGGGACACUUUUCCUCGUGAUGGCCGGCGUCUCGGUGGUCAUAUGCUGCGUCUAUGUGUGGCUUCUCACUUACUAUGAAGAGCCUCGAGGCAGCAGCACCAAUUAAGUAAAAUGUGAGGUUCGGAUCUCAUAUACAUCUUUGAAAUCAGCAACCACGCCUGCACCACCACCACGGCCUGCACCACUACCACGGCCUGCACUACCACCUCGGCCUGCACCACUACCUCGGCCUGCAUUACUACCACGGCCUGCACCACUACCUCGGCCUGCAUUACUACCUCGGCCUGCACUACCACCUCGGCCUGCACUACUACCUCGGCCUGCAUUACUACCACGGCCUGCACUACCACCUCGGCCUGCACUACUACCUCGGCCUGCAUUACUACCACGGCCUGCACUACCACUUCGGCCUGCAUUACUACCACGGCCUGCACUACCACCUCGGCCUGCACCACUACCUCGGCCUGCACCACUACCUCGGCCUGCACUACUACCUCGGCCUGCAUUACUACCACGGCCUGCACUACUACCUCGGCCUGCAUUACUACCACGGCCUGCACUACCACUUCGGCCUGCAUUACUACCACGGCCUGCACCACUACCUCGGCCUGCACUACUACCUCGGCCUGCAUUACUACCACGGCCUGCACUACUACCACGGCCUGCAUUACUA